CUCGUUUAUCCAUUUGGUACGGAUUUUAAUGAUAUCUCUCUCUCAAGAGCCCCUUUUAUGCAAAAUCUCUUUUUCGCUACCAAUGGCAUUAUUCGUAAUUAACUUCUAACUUGAGGGGCGUUUCAUUAUCUCCUCCUCGUCGUCCUCCCUCCAUUUUUCUUCACGUCUGGUUUUCUCUCUCUUUUCCUCUAUCUCUCUCCUCUCUUUGUCUCUCUCGCUUCUGUGAUUUGGGCUUUUUCAGAUGGGAAAUGCGAACGGCAAAGACGAAGACGCCGCCGCCGGUAGCGGUGGUGCAGAUGUUACCUCGUCCUCGGCGAGAUCUAAUGGCGGCGAUCCUUCUGCACGCAGUCGUCACCGUCGUCCUUCUUCAGACUCUAUGAGCAGUUCUCCUCCCGGAAGUCCUGCUCGAUCUCCAUCUCCUUUCUUAUUCGCUCCUCAGGUUCCCGUGGCUCCAUUGCAGAGAGCAAACGCCCCUCCUCCUAAUAACAUCCAAUGGAACCAAUCACAGAGAGUUUUUGAUAAUCCCCCAGAGCAAGGAAUCCCUACCAUCAUUACAUGGAACCAAGGAGGUAAUGAUGUGGCGGUGGAAGGAUCAUGGGACAAUUGGAGAUCAAGGAAGAAGCUGCAGAAAUCAGGGAAAGACCACUCGAUUCUCUUUGUCCUUCCAUCUGGCAUAUACCACUACAAGGUGAUUGUGGACGGUGAAUCCAAAUACAUCCCAGAUUUACCCUUUGUAGCAGACGAAGUUGGCAAUGUCUGUAACAUUCUCGAUGUUCAUAACUUUGUGCCAGAAAACCCAGAAAGCAUAGUGGAGUUUGAGGCGCCACCAUCACCUGAUCAUAGCUACGGUCAAACCCUACCAGCCGCAGAAGAUUACGCGAAAGAGCCACUGGCGGUGCCACCUCAGCUUCAUCUAACACUUCUUGGCACUACUGAAGAGACAGCCAUAGCCACAAAGCCUCAACAUGUGGUGCUUAACCAUGUGUUCAUAGAGCAAGGAUGGACUCCUCAAUCCAUAGUAGCUUUGGGUUUAACCCACAGGUUCGAGUCUAAGUACAUAACUGUUGUCCUCUACAAACCGCUCACACGGUAACCCUAAAAAUUCAGUGCCACAUUGUUCUCUCUCUUUCUUUCUUUUUCAUCUCUCAAUUAUGUGAAAACAUGUUCUUUGUUCAUAGUGACUAGUGAGUGCCCAACAUUUGAGUUUAUUAACCUCUUUCUUACCUGGUUUGUGGUGCUUGUGUACAAAGCUUCUCUCAUUGUAACGAUUGUUGUUUUAUUUUCUGCAAAAACUGUAAAAUACAUUCGCUAAUAAUGGCUAUAACAAGCUUAUCUGCUAGCAACCAAACACAUAAAUCCUGUUUUUUUUCUUCUUCUGACAAAACGUUUGCGAAAGUGACAAAUUUUUGAAAAUAAUCUUUCUUUUUGGUAUUGGAAAAGGCUAACCAGUUUGAAAGUGUACUCAUA